CUGGCAACAACAGAAGAAGCAAUACUGAUUCCUACCAAGAUGAAGAUGCUGUGCCUGUGUGUGGCACUGGUUCUGAUUGGUGCCCAGAAGGAAGCAGCUGCUGAUGUGUCCGAGGUUUCUGGGUACUGGUAUUCUGUUCUGCUGGCCUCUGACCACAGGGAUAAAAUAGAAGAAAAUGGAAGCAUGAGAGGGUUUGUAGAACGUAUCGAUAUCUUGGAGGACUCAUCUAUGUCUGUCAAAUUCCAUACAAUUGAAAACGGACAAUGUGCUGCACAUGAGUUAGUGUCUGAUUCAACAGAGGAGGAAGGAGUAUAUACUGUUGAGUAUAAUGGACACAAUGUCUUUCGCAUCCUUGACAUGGUCUCUGAUGAGUACGUCAUUUUCUAUCUCAAGAAUGGUGACAAUGGGGAAGGCUUCCAGCUGAUGGAACUCUAUGGCCGAGGACCUGAUGUAAGGUCAGAAAUCAGGGAAAAGUUUGUGCAACUGUGUCAAGAACAUGGAAUCGUGAAGGAAAACAUACAGGACCUAACCAAGACUGAUCGCUGCCUCCAAGCCCGAGACCAGGCAUAGGCCUAAGAUCUCAGGUUGGUGACCUCUGAGAGGACCUGGUAACUGCCUGCUCACCUCAGCACCAGCCUCUCUGCAUUCCUGGCCAUCACAUCCCUCCAGGUCAAGUUCUAGGGCCUGAUUCCUGUCACUACUCCUGCAUGUGAGGAUGCUCUCCACGCAUCCUCAGGAUUGUCCCUUACUGCCAGCACUCCUUCUGCAAUCAAAGGUCCUUGGGGAUUUUUGACUCUCUCUGUCAUACCCUAGGGAAUAUGAGCAUGAUCUCCUUCUACACUUGCAAUAAAU